GAACGACUCUCAAUUUUGAGGAUGGAGCAAGAUGUUGAAAACUUUAUUCGUGAUCCAACUCAACAGCAGCUUGAAUUUAAGCAGCUUCCAACAUCCUAUUUGAGGCUUGCUGCGCAUCGGGUGGCUCAGCACUACUCAUUACAGUCAAUGGUGUUACUAGAUAAUAGUUUACCAGACGGUUCUGGCUCAAGAAUUAUUGUUCGCAAAACCUCUGAAUGUAGGCUUCCAGUUAUCCGCCUUGCUGACAUCCCAGUGAAAUUAUCAUCAGAAAACAGUGCUGUCAUGAAGGUUGCAAUCAAACAGAGGCCACAGAAGGGGACACAGAUACUUAGUAAUGCAAAUUCAAACUCAAUGAAGAAUAGUAACUCUAAAAGUGUGGAAGAGAGAAAAGAGGAAUAUAAUCGGGCUCGAGCAAGGAUAUUUAGUUCAAGCAAUAAUGGUGGAACUGUAGUUGGGAAGCCAGAGUGUGACUCAAGACAGCAGGAUAACUCAUUGCACGUUUCAUUGGGGGUUCCUCGGGUUGAAGACAAAUCAGCUUCGGUAUCUGAUGUCACUUCUGGUAGGGGGAUGGUUGAGUCUUCAAGUAAUACCAAUAGGGCUAGAAGUAGGACAGAGAAGGAAACAGUUGGUAGGUACAGGCAAAAUAAUAGGGUGGCUAUAUUUCGGGAUCGUGAGGUUGACCGCAAAGAUCCUGAUUAUGACAGGAGCUAUGAUAGGUACACGCAAAGAUUUGAUCCUGGUUUUGGGUUCAAUGGAGGAUCAUAUGCUAUACAGCCAAUGUAUACGGCAGUAUUGAAUUACAACACUGAGUUUCCACAACUUGGAUCCACUCACAGACCCCAGCUUUCUGCUGAACACCAACCACGACCUCUUCCACAGCAUAUGCCUGGGCCAUGGGCUGCACAAUCAACACCUGCUGGAAUUGGAUAUGGACAUCCUGAGACCAUGAUGCCCCCAUUUAAUCCUAAUCAAGUUGGUGCACACUCAUCAUCAACCAUGUAUCUGCAUUCAUCUCAGUAUCCCUGUCAGCGCCCUGGAAUGCCGUUUAUCCAUCAUGAACAUGUUCACCAACCCUUUGCACAGUCUCAUCAGCCCCCACCUGAUGCAAGUUUUGGAUUGGCCCGGCCCCGGUGAGGGGCAUGGGCCAUGCCUGCACCCAGUCAGCCAGAGGUGCAAGAUGUAAGAUCUUGGGCUACUGAAGCUCCAAUUUUCUUUUAGCUGAUUGGAGUGCAGGCAUAUAGGCUGAGUUUGGUUGGAAUGGAUUUGCAUAUUUCCGAAAGAUCAUCCCACCAGCAUUGAUCUAUCCUUCCAAUCUCGGCUUUACAGGGAUGCUUCCUGCAUCUUCCACCAGUCCGUGAAUGUGUCUCUUGUAGACAAUUGAAUUUUUUGAGGAGAUUUUAGAGCGUCUACUGUUGAUCAUGAGGACUUCUUCACAGGAAACGGAGCCAAAAAAGUUUGUUCUUGACUUGGAUGAAGCUCCUUCAACAAGCUCUAGGGGUUUCAGUUAAAGAGAUCAGUACGUCAUUUGCCUUGAGGUGCAGCAACUUUUGAUGCUGAGAUUUAACUGAAUUUUCCAAGCUUUAGUCAUUAGUCGCUAUAAUUUACAAUAUCGUCUGGUGAAUUAUCCUUGACCUCAUGUAUAAUACAUGACUAACUUGUAUAUUUCACUCAGUUCUAACAUUUCUUUUUCUGGA